ACACCGCCCUGGGCUGUGUGCCCUGGAGACUGAAUCACUGAGUGACCAUGGACGGCUUUCUGAAGAUUAUCCUUACACUUGGGGUGAGCUCAGUGGUAACCGCUGCUUAUCUACCCACAAUUCCUGAGACUAAUCAGAACAUAUCAGCCCUGGCAAUAACCUGUACUGACUACUACAACAAGGGAUCCAGUGAGGACUCAAUCUUCCAGCUAGAUGGCACCGAACAUGGAACAUUAAUAGACAAAGAUCCGACCUUCCAACAGCUCACUUUCAUAAUAAAGGAGACACGGUGUAAGAAAUCAGAGGAAAACAUCAACAAGCCGUGUGCUUUCAAAGAGGACGGAGUGGUAAAGCAGUGCACAGCAUCCAUUUUCCCUGGAGACGGAGACAGGAAAAUUCUCGUUACCUGUGACACUUUGUAUCAAAACAACAAAACGAAAAGAGCUGCCAGAGCUAACUGCAAAUGUAUAUGUUGUUUUCGCGACAAAAAUAAUAAUACUUGUCGCAAGAGACUAGGGUGUCUGAGUGUAAUUAAAAGAGUCUAAAAAUAUGUACGUAUAUACGAAAAACUUCUCUGUAUUUACCCAGUGUAUAUAUUGAUACUGUUAUUACCCAAAAUAAAAACAAUGUCUCUAA